AACAUUCAGAAUGAUGUUUGCCAUUGCUUGCUUUGCCCUGGUGCUUCCAGCUUUGACCCUCUCGCAGGGCUACUUGAAGGAGUACUUUCCAAGAAGACAGUACCUUCACGAGGCAAAAGCCAACCGGCAGUACGACUACGAACCCUGCGGGGGUCGUGUAUGCACAUCCAAUGGAUAUCGCUACGCCAGCUUCGCCAAUAUAUGCCGCCUGAACGACUACAAUAUGAGGCUUGUCUUUGCUGGCCAUGCAGAAUUCGUCGAAGUGGAUUCGAUUUACUGCCAUCAGCCUCCAAGAGAUGUGGGUUACUACUACAGACCGCAACUCUCACUCGAGUCGCGCCAACUAGGCUAUUCGCCUCACGUGCCGUGCAUUCCCAUGACCCGGCCCCACAUAGGACCUCAUGACACCGCUGAGUCCGCGAGGUCUUUUUUUUUCAGUGGAUAUUCUUUGCCUGCGUUUCCGUACUGGUUUUUCAACACUGCCAUGUCUCCCACAAGACCCGUCGCUGAGAGCAAAAUCUAUUCGUAUCAGGCGCCCCACACGAGCAAGCGACCUGUGACGUACUAUUACUCAGAACCAACCACCGAAGCUACAACGACAAGUACAACUUAUAGUCCCUUGACAACCACUGAAGCGUCUGCGACGAGUACCAGCAAUGAUCUAUUAAGAACAACACAAACAGAAGCUUCUACGACCACAAAUGAUCCGUUUACAAAAACAAGUAUAGUAGCUUCUACGAAGAGUACAACAACAAGCACUGAAGCUUCUAAGACGAGUGUAACUAAUGAUCCUUCCACAGAAACCACUGAAGCUUCUACGACGAGUAUAACUAAUGAUCCUUCAACAACAACAACACCCGAAGCUUCUAAGACGAGUACCACCAAAUUUCCCUCUACAACAACAAACACAGACGUAUCUACGACGAGAACAACUAAUGAUCUUUCAACAACAACCAAUGGUGUUUUUACGACGAGUACCACCAUUGGCCCCUCUACGACAACAACAACUAAAGCUUCUACGACGAGUGCAACAAAGGAUCCUUCAACAACAACAACCUCCGAAAGUUCUACGACGAGUACCAGCAAUGAUCAAUCUGCAACAACAAUAACCACCACAAAUAAUGAUAGCUCUACAACAACAAGCACCGAAACAUCUCCGACGACCACAACUAAUGAUCUUUCAACAACAAUCACUGAUUUUUCUACGACGAGUAUCACGAAUGAUCCCAUUACAACUACAUCCACUGGAGUUUCUACGACGAGUACCACCAAUGAUCCUUCAACAACAACAACCACCGAAGCAUCUACGACGAGUUCAUCCACAGAGUCCAACUCUGCCGUUGAUCCGGUGACCAUACAGAUCACAGGCUCGAACGGAAGAUCCCUGCGCUUUUCCCUUUCCGACCUGGCAUCGGUGGGAGUCACAUGCAAUGAUGUUUACACCCUGGAGGUGACGAGGGGAUCGACGGUGCUAUUUCAGUUUGCCGGUUGCGCGGGUGCGGACAGCACAUUCCCUACAACAGUCGGCAGUACAAUCUUAAGCGACUCAACCACAAACCCGAAGACCAAGCCUCCGUCCUACCUUUUCUAUCAUACAUCAACCAGCGUCAUCCAAACUCAUAACACUCGUUAGUAUACUCUCUAAGCUCUAUAACUGAAAUAUAAAUAUAGACAACACUUG